AGGUGAGUCCAGACAGACCUCAGAGCUCCUCAGAGAUCCAGACCUCAGAGCUCAUCAGAGAUCCAGAACUCAGAGCUCCUCAGACAUCCAGACUUCAGAGGGCCUCAGAGAUCCAGACCUCAGAGUUCCUCAGAGAUCCAGACCUCAGAGCUCCUCAGAGACCAAUACCUCAGAGCUCAUCAGAGAUCCAGACCUCAGAGCUUCUAAAGCUUCACUCCAGCCAAACUCCCACAAUGAAGCUGCUUCCAGCCGUGGUCCUGGUCCUGGCUCCGAUGCUGACCAGCUGCUACCCACCCACCCUGCACAAGGACUGCAGCGACAUUUAAAAAGAUCAGAGCACCCGAACCAGUGGAGUGUACACCAUCUACCCCAUCAGCUCCACAUCUCCUGUCCAGGUGUACUGCGACAUGGACUCUCUCGGAGGACGGUGGACGGUGUUCCAGACCAGGAUGGAUGGCACGGUGAACUUCUACCGGGGCUGGAACCAGUACAAGACCGGAUUUGGAAACGCUAAUGGGGAGUACUGGCUCGGUCUUGAGAACCUCUACCAGUUGACUCUGAAUCGCCCGUCCGAGCUGCUGGUCCAGAUGGAGGACUUCCUGGGAAACAGAGUGUUUGCUCGGUACUCGUCCUUCUCUAUCGGGGCUGAGUGUGAGGGAUACCAACUGAUGGUGUCCGGCUUCAUCGACGGAGGAGCAGGAGACUCCCUGAAUACUUUUCACAACGGAAUGAAGUUCUCCACCUUUGACAAAGACCAGGACGCCUAUGGAGGGAACUGUGCCAGAUUAUACCUGGGGGCAUUCUGGUACAACAAAUGUCACAAUACAAAUCCCAACGGUGUCUAUCGCUGGGGGGCUGACGGGACUCUCCAUGCUGUUGGAGUGGAUUGGUUAACUUGGAAAGGAAAUGACUACUCCCUGAAGUUCAUCAGCAUGAUGGUCCGUCCUGUGCUGUAGGUCUCCAGGACCAACGUCCAGCAGAACAUCAGCCUGUCUCUUCUCAUCUCUUUCUCUUUCUUUCAUUAAGCAUUUAAUCAACAACAGGUGUUAUUUUCCUGAAACUGGACCCAAAAGAAGA